AUGGCCUGCAACGACACCACUGUGACCAUGUUCUCGACUGAGCAAUCCGUCAAGACCCUUCCCGCCUCAUGGUUCACCUCCCAGCCCCUUUACGACCUCGAGAUGCGCUCCGUCUUCACUCAAGCGUGGUAUCUUCUCGGAACCGUCACUAAAUUCUCCGCCAACCAGACUGUCGACUACGAGUUCGGCGGCGUACCCAUCCGCCUCAUGCACCACGGCGCCGAGUCCUUCACGUUGAUCCGCAUCUCCGACAACGCUCUGCUCAAGCACUUUGUCACCCCAACCGGCCUCCUCUUCGGCACCAUCUCCCCCACCGCCCCCACAUUCGACACAUGGUUCCCACCCUCCCUCCUCCCGCUCCUCAACAAACACGACUUCCGCCGCCUGCCAUGGCGCCAUGGCAUCAAGUACCCUGGCCGCUUCAAUUGGAAGACCAUGGUGGACGGCUACCAGGAGUGUCUGCACUGUCAGUACACGCACCGCACCUUCAGCGUCAAGUACCCACCGACCUUCUACGAAGUGCACAACUACGGCACCUACAGCCAACACAUCGCCGACCCCACCAAGCCCGAGGACGGCCUGUUCCUGUACUUUUUUCCCGUCUGCACCCUGAACCUCUACGGCGGCGGCAUGAGCAGCUUCCGCGUCUGUCCCGGUAACGGUGCCGGCGGUUGCAGCGCAGCCGUCACCACCGGUGGCAGCAGCAGCGCAGCUUCCCUCAGGGGUGUCUACGGUGUUCAAGAAGGCAGUGGUGGUAAUGCAGCCGAGGCAAGGACCGGCAAGGUAGGCGAGACGCGCAUGGAAUUCGACUACUACUACGACGGCGGUGGCGAGAAAGGCAUGGACGGCUGGGACGAGUAUUUUGCCUUUGUGCGCAAAGUGGCCAUGGAGGACUUUGAGCUGUGUGAGACGGCGCAGGGGAAUUUGGAGAGGGGGGUUUAUAGUCAGGGGUGUCUUAAUGGUGUCAAGGAACGGGGUGUCGCUCACUACCAGCAGUUGACGAGGCAGAUGGUGACGGAGAAGUUCAAGGAGGAGGAGGCCGAGCGGAACGGCUUGGCGCGCGUGGCGAGCACUGCGAGCGGUACCAGUACGUCUGCUGGCGCUGCUACCACUCUGCAUGCGGCCGAGCAGGUCGCGGCUUCCGCCUGA